CGUCUAAUAACAACAUGGAGGAAAACGUCAAAAUUUUCGACACGUCAAGAAAGAAAACACGACAUUUUAGCUUUUUCAAAGAAUAAUAAAAAUGUUCCUUGAAUCCAUAGUAUGUUAAUAAAAAUUCUCUACAAAAUGUCAACGUUACAUAAGUCUCAGUCCUACUGUGCGCCUAGGUCGUACUCAAAUGGUAAUCAGUUUUCAGUCAAUGAUUGGAUGCAGGCAAUCCGAACCCCUACCCCGUACAGAGUGGGUAAUGCAAAAUUACACGUGAAACCACGAAUGCUAGCAUAUGCCGCAGUCGUAUUCACCGCUGUUUUAAUUUUGUUAAUAUAUUUUAUACCGUUGUCUCGGGCUGGGAGAAUGAGUUUGAACUGUAACAGUGAUUUUCCCGAUCAAAAAUUUGUUAAUAACAUGGAGAUAGAUUUGACUUACCCACUGACAAAUGCAGUUAAGACUCCCUUGGGUAAACAGUAUAGGAUAGCACUUGUGACAGAUUUAGAUACAGAUUCAAAAAGUCAGGAAGCCAAGAAUACAUGGAAAAGUCAUUUGAAGUAUGGGAAUUUAACUAUAUCGGAUAAUUACUCUAAGGUUGUGAUAAAUUUUGAUAAGACUGUGAUAUUGACUUCAAAAGUGUCCGAAGGUGGAAGAGGAAUGGAGCUGUCUGAACUGAUUGUAUUCAAUGGACGUUUAUACACAGUGGAUGACCGGACAGGGAUUGUAUAUGAAAUUAUAGACAAUAAAGUAGUGCCAUGGGUUAUACUGAGUGAUGGAAAUGGAAGAGAGGCAAAAGGUUUCAAAUGUGAAUGGGCAACAGUUAAAGAUGGAAGACUGUAUAUUGGUGGCCUUGGGAAAGAAUGGACAACAGGAGAUGGAGAAGUUCAAAACACCAAUCCACAGUGGGUGAAAUCUAUUGGACCACAUGGGGAUGUUAAACAUCAUGAUUGGAAGAAUAACUAUAAUGCACUCAGAGCCACAAUGAAAAUGAACUUACCAGGGUAUAUGAUCCAUGAAGCCUGUGUGUGGAGCUCAAUUCAUCAGAGAUGGUUCUUUCUUCCCCGACGUGCCAGCACGGAGCGUUAUGACGAAGUUGCCGAUGAAAGACGUGCUACUAACCUCCUGCUUACCGCUAGUGAUGACUUUAAAAAGAUUGAAGUCUCCACUGUGGGAAAAUUAAAUCCAACACAUGGCUUUUCAUCAUUUAAAUUUAUUCCAGGCACAAACAAUAAUGUAAUUGUAGCAUUAAAAUCUGAAGAAGAUGGCGAUAAAAAAGCAACAUAUAUAUUAGUGUUUGAUAUUAAUGGACAUGUAAUAUACAAUGAAAAGAAAAUUGGUGACAUGAAAUUUGAAGGUAUAGAGUUUGUAUGAAAACUUGUUCUAGGUCAUCUUAUUGUAUUUUGUCAAACAGAAAUAUAUGCAAUUAUUUAUGAAGGCAAGUAAUUAAGUGAUGUGACUGCUUAGAUUUUGUGUGCCUUACACUAAUGAAUUAUGUGUUAAAUACUGAACUUGGUUAUUUGUUUGUAAUGGUACUAAGGUCUAAACAUUGCAAUUAAUGUCUCAAAAUCAGAAAACAUUUAUUCAAAAUAGAGUCACAUGUACUUUCAGACAGAUUAUCAGGCACUUCCUUUUGAAACAGUUGAGUUCGUCAUGUGAGGGAGCCAUCCACCUGACGUAUGGAAGGUUGGUAGUUCUACCCAAGUGCCCACCUGGUAUGAAAUAAUGCACAAAGGCAAUUUUUGGCAUUUUAAGGCACUUAAAAUAUAUGAGAAAUUUUGUGCAUUUAUAUUUUGCCUCUCCUGUAAAGUAAAUGGACCUGAUGUUUUAGAUUGUCAAAGAACAUCGACAAUACAUAUAAUAAAGAUGUGCAAAUGAGUGGAAGUUUUAGUGGACAAAGCGAAGAAGUCUCUCGAAUCGCCCCCCUUGGCUGAUCCCUGUUAUUAUGUUAAAUCUCAUCUUCAAUGUAAAAUAGUGUAAAUAUAUAUGACUGUAUGGGUAUCUGACAGUGAUCUCAGCGGUUUAUGUGUUCAUACUUAGAAUAGUAGGUUUUGAUUUUGAUAUAAAACUGAGAUAGUACUGUUGCUUCCAAAUGUAAAUAUAUAAAAAUGUUAAAAUAGAUUGCAACAUUUAUUAAUCAUCGAAAACUGGAUACCAUUAUAAUUGAAGCAGAUACAUUUCACAUACGUUGAAAAGCACAGCUAGGUUCCUACUACUUUUCUUAAUUUUACUGUGUGGCCAGCUCGGUAGAAUUUUUUGCAUAUAAACAUAUUGCACAACUGUUUGUUUUUAUGUAUACUGCCUAUAUCUGCCUGAUACUCAAUCUUUUUAAUUUUACUUUUUUACAAGUACAUUGUGAACUCAAUAUCUCGAAUUUCAAGGGAUGGAGCGUUUUACUUUCAAGACCAAAAUUUGACUUCAAAUAAUAUUUUGUGUACAUGUUUUUGACGGGACUCGAAAAUGUCUCUGAGAUAGCCAGAAUUCUGAGAUAAGAGAGUUUGAGAUAUCAAGUUUCAGCUGUACUAACAAGUGAAAGUAUUUUGUCAUUUUUAGCUCAUCUGAUUUUUUUAAAAAAAAAAUGAUGAGUAAUUGUCAUCACUUGAUCGGUGUCGGCGUCAGUGUUGCCUGGUUAAGUUUUAUGUUUAGGUCAGCUUUUCUCCUAAACUAUCAAAGGUGUUGCUUUGAAACUUGGGACACUUGUUCACCAUCAAUAGCUGACCCUGUACAGCAAGAAACAUAACUCUAUCCUGCUUUUUGCAAGAAUUAUGGCCCCUUUUGGACUUAGAAAAUAUCAGAUUUCUUGGUUAAGUUUUAUGUUUAGGCCAACUUUUCUCCUAAACUAUCAAAGCUAUUGCUUUGAAACUUGCAACACUUGUUCACCAUCAUAAGCUGACUCUGUACAUGAAGAAACGUAGCUCCAUCCUGCUUUUUUCAAGAAUUAUUGCCCCUUUUGGACUUAGAAAAUCAGAUUUCUUGGUUAAGUUUUAUGUUUAGGUCAGCUUUUCUCCUAAACUAUCAAAGCUAUUGCUUUGAAACUUGCAACACUUAUUCACCAUCAUAAGCUGACCCUGAACAUCAAGAAACAUAACUCCAUCCUGCUUUUUUCAAGAAUUAUGGCCCCUUUUGGACUUAGAAAAUAUCAGAUUUCUUGGUUAAGUUUUAUGUUUAGGCCAACUUUUCUCCUAAACUAUCAAAGCUAUUGCUUUGAAACUUGCAACACUUGUUCACCAUCAUAAGCUGACUCUGUACAUGAAGAAACGUAACUCAAUCCUGCUUUUUUCAAGAAUUAUUGCCCCUUUUGGACUUAGAAAAUCAGAUUUCUUGGUUAAGUUUUAUGUUUAGGUCAGCUUUUCUCAUAAACUAUCAAAGCUAUUUCUUUAAAACUUGCAACACUUGUUCACCAUCAUAAGCUGACAAUGUACAGCAAGAAACAUAACUCUGUCCUGCUUUUUGCAAGAAUUAUGACCCCUUUUGGACUUAGAAAAUAUCAGAUUUAUUGGUUAAGUUUUAUGUUUAGGUCAGCUUUUCUCCUAAACUAUUCAAGCUAUGGCCCUUUUUGGACUUAGAAAAUCAUGAGUAGGACAAUUUUUCUAUUAUACAAAAAAAAAUCAGAUGAGCAUCAGCACCCACAAGGCGGUGCUCUUGUUUCACAUAAAGUUAAAAAAAUUCCCAAUAUUUCUUUUUUUUCAGUACAAUACCAAUAGGCUAUUUAAAUUGCCUGAGACAUUGUUACUUUUUUAUUUUAAAGAUUUUGAAUCAGACAUAUUUUUAUUUUGUGAUUUGUUAUUUAACAUGGAGUUAAGAAGUGUAGGAAGGAUAAUGUGCAAAAUGGUGAUAUUUUUGUUGAUAUUAGUGAACAGUGGGAUUCACGAUUAAACAGGCCUACUGCUGUCUUAAACUUCAAAUAAGAGUGCUUUAAUGUAAAAUGAAACAAGUGAAAAUAACUUACACUAGAGCAUCCAGAUUGCACAUUUUGCUGGUGCUUUAUUGGUGAGGGACUUCCGUGGCCAAGUGGUUAAGGUCACUGACUUCGAACCACUUGCCCCUCACUAAUAUGGGUCUAAGCUUCUCUCGGGGCAAUGAAUUUUGCAUGUGCGGAAGCCAUCUAGUGGGCUUAUGGAAGGUGGAUGGUUCUUCUCAGGUGCUCCGAUGAAAUAAUGCACGGAGAGGCACCUGGGGUCUUCCUGCACCAUCACAGCUGGAAGGUCACCAUAUGUCGGUGCAACGUUAAAUCCAACAAAAAAGUAUUUAUUGGCGAUUUAUUAAGUUGUUAUUAUUGAUUUAGAAAUCCUGGUAUCAUUGUAUCAUGUACAUGUAGCUAUGGCUCAUUGUGCUCAAUAUGUCUGUAUAUUUUUGCUUGUAUAUUUAAUAAAAAGGUCAUUAAAGCAUUACUUUGAUCUAUAAUGAUGCAUCUGGCUACCAUGGAUUUUGCCAGGCCUGUUCACUCUUGAUGCAAGUGCCUCAUGGUAACCAGGCCAGGCAAAAUCCAUACGAGUCAGAUACAGCAUUGCAUACCAAAGUUCUGUUCUAAUAACCCUAUUAGGUUUUUCCUGUUGUUACUUGGAAUGAAUGAAAGAUUAUCAGCACUGGUUGUAGGUCAUUACUGAAUGUAUGUGUACCCUGAAUCCUGCUUUUCAUACUUUACUAUUGUAAUGUCUAUUGUUUAUGUCACAUAUCAGAUUUUCUAUGUACAACUGAGCCACGCCAUGAGAAAACCAACAUAGUGCAGUCUGGUCAGGAUCCAUGCUGUUCGCUAAUGGUUUCUCUUCUUGCAAUAGGCUUUGAAAGCGAACAGCAUGGAUCCUGACCAGACUGCGCGGAUGCGUAGGCUGGUCUUGAUCCAUGUUGGUCACAAACGCACUAUGUUGGUUUUCUUUUGGCGUGGCUCACUUGUUAAUUUUAUUUAUUUUACUGCAGGUGUUUUGAUGAAUUGAAAGAAACGUUUUUUUAUGUAAUAGAUUUUUUUGUAAAAUCUGUUCAAAUAUUUGUUGUUAGUUGCCAUAUUGCGAUAAACAGCAGUUUUAAUAGAGUAGUUAUAUAGAUUUGUUUUAGACAUUGUAUGCAUGUAACAAUCUAGCUCAAAGUCCCAUCGGUGUUAUCACCAAAACACUUUUUUAAUAACUGUUCCAGUAAAAUUCUAUUGAAGUUUCAUGUAUUAGUUA